AUGGCUCGAGAUCCAGCUUCGGAACAAUUAAAUGAAUAUAAAAAGACAGUAAAGGACAAGCCACAUGUUUUAUUAACAGGAAAUGGAGCUCCCAUUGCUAAUAAAACAGCAAUUCUUACGGCUGGUCCAAGAGGCCCAUUGCUUAUUCAAGAUUCCGUAUUCAUCGAUGAAAUAUCACAUUUUGAUCGAGAAAGAAUUCCAGAAAGAGUGGUUCACGCUAAAGGUGCUGGUGCUUUUGGUUAUUUUGAGGUCACUCAUAACAUAACACAGUAUUCAAGAGCUAAAGUAUUUUCCAAAAUUGGGAAAAAAACUUCUAUAGCCGUACGAUUUUCGACUGCAAGCGGAGAAAUCGGAUCAGCAGAUACAGUAAGAGAUUCUAGAGGGUUUGCUCUUAAAUUUUACACCGAGGAAGGAAUAUGGGAUCUUGUUGGAAAUAACACUCCACUACUUCUUGUAAAAGAUUCAUUACUAUUUCCGAGUCUUAUUCACGUACAAAAAAGAAAUCCGGUAACUUUUCUGAAGGAUAAUGAUAUGUUUUGGGAUUUUCUUUCACUCCGUCCUGAAUCAACUCACCAGCUCAUGUUUUUAUUCGGCGAUCGUGGCAUUCCGGAUGGUUAUCGUCAUAUGCAUGGAUUUGGCGCAAAUACUUUCAAACUUGUCAAUAAGGAAAACGAGUUUGUCUGGUGUAAAUUUCAUUACAAGACCGACCAAGGUAUUAAAAACCUCGAUGAUAAAAAAGCGGCAGAAAUAAGUUCACACGAUCCAGAUUAUGGUAUCAGAGAUUUAUUCAAUGCUAUUGCUGAGAAAAAAUUUCCUUCAUGGACAUUUUACAUUCAAGUUAUGUCUGAGCAACAGGCUGACAAAUUCCGUUGGAAUCCGUUUGAUGCGACUAAGGUAUGGCCCCACAAAGAGUUUCCUCUUAUUCCCGUUGGAAAACUUGUAUUAAAUAAAAAUCCGACUAAUUAUUUUGCUGAGGUCGAACAGUUGGCAUUUAAUCCCGGAAAUUUGGUACCCGGUAUUGAACCAAGCCCAGAUAAAUUACUCCAGGGUCGUCUUUUCUCUUAUGGAGACACUCAGAGACAUCGUCUUGGACCGAAUCAUCUUCAAAUUCCUGUUAACUGUCCUUUCAAAAUUAUAUCAGCGAUGAACUAUGAGCGUGAUGGUACGAUGACGAUAUAUGAUCAGAAUGGAGCUCCAAACUAUUAUCCUAACAGCUUCAAGGGACCCGAAGUACACCCUGAUGUACAAUCUCCGCCAUUUGGCAUCUUCGGUGAUGCAGACCGUUACGAGCCUGUUAAUGAAGAUAAUUUUGGCCAAGCUACAACCUUCUGGCGUAAAGUACUUGAUGCUGACGCAAAGACUCGAUUUGUAAGUAAUGUGGUUGCAAACCUUUCAAAAGCUUCAACUUUUAUUAUCGAACGUGCUGUUAGAAACUUUUCUCAAGUCAACGUUGACCUUGCCCAGAGAUUAACAGCAGAAUUACGAAAGGCAGGAAAGCUAAAAAGUGUUUCUGGGAAAAGAGCGAACUUAUAAAUUUAUUUUGAUUGUUUUGAAAAAUAACUUGA